CUCUAGUUACAAAGAACAACAUAAACAACUUAUUAUUACACUGUUGGUCUAUGUAUGGUUGUGAUGCUUGUAUUUAUUUAACAUCAACAUUUAAAUUAUAAACUUUUGUUUGUUUGAAAAAACAAACAAAAUGUCUACAACGGAUUGUCCUGCUCUCCCAAAGGGUUGGAAGCGUGAAGAAAUCAUUCGAAAAAACGGUCUCUCAUCUGGAAAAAUAGAUGUAUUCUAUUACAGUCCAUCGGGUAAGCGCUUUCGGAGUAAGCCUCAACUAGCUCGGUUCUUAGGUGAUGCAGUUGACCUCAGUACAUUUGAUUACAGAACUGGCAAAAUAAAUUCUCUACUUUUAAGAAAGAGUAAACGUCAAAGAGGAACUCAGUUUGAUUAUAACCGGGGAAUCCGGAACGAUGCAUCUUUAGUCCCACCAAUACGGCAAACUGCAUCGAUUUUUAAACAGCCAGUGACAGUUGUGAAAUCUGUAGAAGGAAAAGUGAGAACAGAUUUUAAGCAUGGUCCUCAAGACAAACCUAAGCAGCUUUUUUGGGAGAAAAGAUUGCAAGGACUUAGAGCAUCUGAUAUGGAUGAAGAAGCAUUCCCCAAUUUUGAACUUCCAAGAAAUAUGAAAGGUAUUGGUCCUGAAUUAAGUGAUGAAACUUUACUGAGAAGUAUUGCUACUGCUUUGCAUGUUAGUGGGCAACCAAUUGUAGGGCAAACCAAUUCACGAGUUAUGAUGGACAAGAAUCCUAGUGUAUACAUCAAUCCAGAGCAGCCUCUGGUACAGGCUCUUGUUGUUACUGAGGAAGAUAUAAAGAAGCAAGAAGAAAAGGUGCAGCAAGCACGGAAUAAACUACGAGAGUGUCUUAAAGAACUCUGUGUAUAAUGUGUUCAAGAAAGCACAAUAUUUUAAAAAGAAAUCUUUCAUUUGGAACAGGAGUAUAUUUAUUAUACUUUUUACAGUCUUGCAUUUAUUGUAUUUUGUUUCUAAGAUUUGGCAAUUACUUUUUCAUUGUAUUCUCAUCUUUACUUUGUUAUUUGCAAAUUAUACAAAAAUAACAGAUAAUACUCAAUAUUUUGAGCAGUAUUUUAAUUUCCAGUUUAUACUGAAUUUAUAUUAAAGUUUUUAAUUGCAUGCAUGUGCAUAAAAAGAUUAAUAGUCAUGAUUUCAAGAUUUCUCGUAAUUUUUCUUUCUGCAAUGUGCUCGGUUUCCAUAAUGCACUGCCUUACUUUGGCAUUUCAGUGUUGUUUUUUAAAGUUCAAAUAGCUGUUUGACUGGUAUUUAACCAAUCAUCUGGGUCUUGCACUUAUUUUUGUCCAAUUGAUGGAAAGUAUUUAUUAACUUGAAAGAAGCCCUUCUUUUUAUAAUUCAACCCCUUUUUUGGCAUAGCUCUAUUAUACAUAAAUGCAAUGGAAAUUAACCUUAUCAGGUGAAUACAAUAUGCCCAGAUGACAGGUUGAAUGUUCUUAUUGUUUUGGAAAAUAAUUGCUGAAAUUUUUCUCAGGAACAUUGUAAAUAUUCUUAAUGGAAAAAUAUACUUUUUAAGUGUACUUACUUCUGCCAUGUAACUUUUCCACAGUUGCCAUAUGUAAUACUUAUUUAACAAAUGUGGAAAUUAAUUUCUCUUAUUAAUAUAUAUAUAUAUAAUAUGAAUUUUUUUCCAAAUAUAAUCGUUUUCUGUGACUAUCAAUAUUAUGUGGAAACUCUUUUUGAAUCAUGCAAUUGAAACAAUUCAGAAUUAAUUCAAACAGUAUGGUUAUUGUCUAUGAAAAAAAAUUAUUCAAAUAUUCUACAAAUUGUCCUUAUGAGUAUUAAUAUUCCAGUUAUAUGUAGUAGUAUCUCUCUUAUCUGGCAGCUAUGGGACCUGGCUGAUUCAAGAAAAAUAAUUUUUUUCUGGAUAAUUAUAAAUAUUUAUAUAUUUGCAAUACUUGCUCAUGUUUUUUUGUCAUUCCAACUCUAGAUAUUGUAGCACGAAAAAUUUGUUUGUCAUGUUCUUCAGUUUAUAAACCACAACGGAAUGAAUGGUACUGAAAAUGACAGUAUUUAAAAUAAAAACACAGACUCAUAAGAAAAUUAAAUAGCAUCUUAAAAUUAUCAUGCAUAUUAUGUUAUUACAUAAGAGUUAUGAAUUUCUUUGUAUUAUGACAUGUAAUAUUGAAUGUGUACCUACUACAAAAUAAUCACAAAUAACAAAAAUUUACUAUCUUUAUAUUGAAGCUUUAAAAUACUUGUGUUGAUGCGAAUGAACAUUGCUUGUAAAAUCUUAUGAAAAAUUUGCAGUUCUUCUUCAACUUCAACCUACAUAACUCUCAAGGUGUGUACAUGUUCAUCCUGUCUUUCACUUUUCUCAGUACAAAGGGAAUAUUUUGAUUGUUGCAAAGAAAAAAUAUAAAUUGUACCACAUUGUCCCUCCCAAGCAACUUAUAUAAAUUGCUGGAGGCAAAGUUAUAUAUUUGUAGAUCUUAUCUUCUCCAUAUUAAAUAAAAAAUAUCAGACACAGAUACGACAUGUCUUAAAACAAAAGAAUUUUUAUCUAUUGACUCACCAUUUUCGCCAAGUGGAACGCUGCAAGAUUGAUAACUAUUUCACACACACACAUAUAUAUAGAGAGAAAGAGAUGUUAUAGAUGUAGGUGCCAUUUAUGAGAGAUUUUACUAUAUCUUCAAUAACAUGAUUCAUAUCAUAUAUAUGCCAUGCAUUAAUAAGAAAUUUCUUUGUUGUUGUUGCACAUUGUGUUUUGCUUGGUUCUGAUGGAAUUUCGUGAUAUUUUCUAUAUAUUUUCUGAUAUUUCUUUUUUUUUUAUGGUUAAAUUAUCAGAGUAUUUUAAUCAAUAUUGAUUAGAUGGAUUUUAUAAUAUUUAUUUCAUGAAAUUAAUAAAAUUGUAUUAAUUCAUGUGGUAGUGCAAAAAAUGUAAUUUUAAGAGGAAACUGUUUGAUUUAUAUUUUUGUAUAAAUGAAUUAAACUCUUUCUUAACAAAUCUUACUAUUGAAUUGAUAUAUUAUAAAUUUUCUGAGCCUUAUUUUACAUUCCUAAAUAAGGAACUUUAACAACAAUUUUAGUUACAAUUGAUUUUGUGGAUUUGGAAACAUUUCAUUGUUUCCUCUUUAUAUGUGAUAAAUGAAUUUUUGUGCAAAAAAUGUUUUUAUACAUUACAUAACCCCUGUGAGGUAAAGUUUAUUGGUUUCUUUAAACAUUACUUUUUUUUUCUUGCCUUAUAUAAGUACUUGUGGAUGGAUUGAAAAAAAAUUUUUUUUAGCUGAGAAAGAUGUUUUAUUUUACAUCUUGUUGUAGAAUUAAGUGAUUUUUAAUA